GGGGCAAGCUCCCGCCAUGUCUGUGGAGCUGACGUUCCUGGGCACCGGCUCGGCCUAUCCGUCGCCGACGCGCGGGGCCUCGGCCGUGGCGCUGCGUUACGAGGGCGAGUGCUGGCUUUUCGAUUGCGGCGAGGGCACUCAGACCCAGUUCAUGCGGAGCCAGCUGAGAGCAGGUAAAAUUUCAAAAGUUUUCAUUACUCAUCUCCAUGGUGACCAUCUAUUUGGUUUGCCCGGACUCCUGUGCACAGUGAGCCUCCAGAGUAGUUCUCUUCUAAACAAACAACCUGUUGAAAUUUAUGGGCCUGUUGGAUUAAGGAAAUUUCUGAGGACAUGCAUGCAACUUUCGCACUCCCAAUUGGUCUUUCCAUAUGUAGUCCAUGAACUGGUACCAACUGAAGAUCAGUGUUUUCCGGAGGAAUGGAGGACCCCCUCUGUGCACAGUGUGGAUGAUCAGCUUCAUCCACAGGAACUACAAGGAACAACAAUUCAUCUUGAUCCUCAGGAAGACUGUUAUAAUCUUUUGACCCAUGAACAAUUCAUUGUAAAAGCUUUUAGGCUUUUUCAUCGCAUACCAUCUUUUGGGUUUGUAAUUGAGGAGAAAAAACGACCAGGAAAACUUCAGACUCAAAAACUAAAAGAUAUGGGUAUUCAACCAGGACCUCUGUAUGGAAAACUAAAAAAUGGACAGCCCAUCACUCUUAACAAUGGAAUGACUGUUUAUCCUGUGGAUGUACUGGAAGCUCCCAUUCCAGGUCGAAAAAUAUGCAUUUUGGGAGAUUGCUCAAGAAUAGUGGGUGAAAAGGGUAAAAAACUUUGUAUUGAUGCAGAUGUGUUGGUGCAUGAGGCCACGCUAAAUGAUAGUCAGUCUGACAAGGCUGAGGAGCAUGGACACUGCACUCCGAAGACUGCUGCAGAGUUUGCAAAAUUAUGUAAAGUUAAACGGCUGAUCCUUACUCACUUCAGUCAAAGGUACAAGCCUACUGGCCUUACUAAUGAAGGGGAUGAUGAUGUAUUGGAACUGAAGGCUCAAGCUGAGCUGGUACUAGAAGGACAGGAAGUGACUCUGGCCGAAGAUUUUAUGGUGAUUGAAAUUCCUUUUAACAAGACAAAGCAACAAGUAAUCCCCGCACAUUAAAACUAUUUAAUGAAAGAAUGUAGAAUGUGACUGGAUGGAUUAAUGCAUUCAUUUUGUUUGCAAUUAUUCUUGCAAAGGUUUUAAAGGUUUAUUAUGGUGUAAUCUGUUGCAAUGAGGUGACUGUUAACUCAGUAACCUUGAUAAUGACUGCUUCCGCAUGAGAAAUAGGAGUGGCAACAAACGUCUGUAUUGUUUGCAUCUGGUUCCAUGAUGUGGAAGGAUGUUAUCAGCUCAGAAAAUUAUCUGAGCAGUGUGUUGGGAGUUCUUGUUUUUACUGUGGACUUGCUUGCACAAUUAACUUUGCCUUGGAUAGGGUUAUUCCUUAACUCCAGAAUUAAUUAAAUAAACAAUGUAGAAUUUGCUGAUUUUUUUUCAAGUAAGAACAAUUUAUGCUUGGUUAGGUGUGGUAAACCUGUGCAUACUCUAACUGCACUUUUGGAAUUCUCUAGUGCAUUGAAUAUGUAAACUCAAAUAUUAGAGCUUUGUGCUGGCAGAAAGGGAAUACAAUAAAAUGUAGUCUGCUUUCCUCUGUCUGGAAGAGGGGGAAAUGGAAAAUUCUAACUUGAGAGACAGACGAAAUGCAAGUCAAAUUGUUCAUUAGAACAUCAAUAGAGAGAAAGAUGUUUUACCUUUACUCCUAUCACACUUAAGUUUGACUUCUAUGAAAUAUUAGGCUCUGAAUUUAUUCAGUUAGUAGUUGAUGUACAUGAAUUGGAGGUCUCAAGUUCUUUUCUAAUUUUGACCCAUCCAAGAUUAAGUUAAUUAUUUUCAACAGCUAUGGCAGGGUAAACUUAGCUGCAAUUCCCGCACUUGCUUCAUGUGUAGUAACUAUGCUAAGGGUUCACGUUUUGUGAGUGCUGAAUGAGGAUAGAUUAUGCUUGAUUAUAGAUGUGCCUUUGGAAAACUUUCACUCCUGAUCUCUUGAUAUUUUCAAGCUGAUGACCUACCUACCCUUGCAAGUUGUCCCAGAUGCUAUAAUAGUUCUCUGGCUCAACAAAAUAACAAUUCCUAAUCCAAACACGGAACUUCACCCAACAUUGAUUCAUCUUCCCUUGCAUCACUGUGCAAACUUUAGGCAAAGGCUCUUCUAUAACAGUUAGAGCAUACCUAACAGUUAGAGCUUUGGGGCCAUUGUCUUAUCUCACUAGCAAAGCUGAGUGAGAUGCUGAGGGACUGAUCUUCCAGGAUAAGUGAUAAAUAAACCAGUACAGGUUGUGGCUUUAUUAAUAUAUCCCAAAAGGGUAAUUUUUAGAGAUGUUUAGAUGCAUUGAGCGGAGGUGCUAAAGUAGCUUGUACCCAAUUUUCUAUGCAGUGGAAUUCACAACCCUAAGUGUAGAUAGCAGUGUUGGAGCAAUCACCUCUGGGUCUGGUAGAGAGAUUUGGGCUAGCAGAUACUUAAGGUGAGAUCUUGAAUCCAAUCUACUGUCUGAAGGAAGGAUGUGGUUCAACCUAACUUGUCCUUUGGCUGCUAUUGCUAAAAUUGGACAAACAGCAUGUUUUCUUUCCCCUCAUUUCCCCCCCCCCCCCCCCCCCCCCCCCACCAAACCACAAUCCAUCAGCCCUAGUAAAAUGAGAUGGAAUUGUAGUGCCACAAAUUCACAUUUCAAUUCUUUUUUAGGAUUGUAUUGGAAUGCAUCCUCACUUCAAGUACAUAAGAGAUGCUUUUGCAUUUUUUCUAAUCCCAGGUAUUCGGGGUGCUGAAAAGAUGGAUAACCUGCUCCAUCUGGCGUAACCAACCCAUCUAGUAUAAAGUGAGGGAACAAUAAUGACCAGCAUUGUACUUCCUCUUGCCCCCACUUCACGUACAAACCAAGGAGGUGCCUCACAUCCUAAACAGACUGAAAACCUGGCUAGAUCGAGGAUUGUGACUACAAGCUUUUAUUGUGUUGCUCCAGUUUGUGACCCAGGCACCACUUUGACACUUCCUUCUUUUUAAAGCAGUACUUUGUCCCUUCAGUUUCUUGGUCUUUCUGCUGGACUGCAGUAUACAGGAGUUAAGAACAACAUUUUUUUUUCCGCCUCCAUGCAAUUAUCAUUAAAAAGUUGUCUUGGCCAACAUUGCUGCUUUAAUUUUAUAAAUGGUUGCUAUUUGGACUAAAAGUAUGUGGGAAAAUAACAGCACUGGGGCAGUGAAGAAAUUCACUACUGGAAAUCAGAUUUUUCUACAAAGCAAUGUUACAUGGGCUUGAGCUGAAUUUAUCUGUGGUCAUUUUUAAAGCAGUAUUUUUCCUUAGUAAAAGUGAUCAAGUGCUGUGCAAAAUUUAGUAUCUUUAGUAAGUAUAUCACCUUUGCUUUACCAGAUUGCAGUUAUAUCAAUUGACUCUUGCAUUUUUAACAAAUGUGCAGCUGCCUGAAAUAUGACCAGUUGAUUCCAGAACAAGGUGACAUCUUAUCCAAGAGCUGCCUGUCUCACCAUUGUGCUACCUUUUGUAGAAUAGCUACUCAUCCUUUAAAAAAAAUACAAGGAGAUAAUAAACCUGCAAUGUUCAGCUAAUUGCUACAAUCAUUUAAACAUUCAUUCUUUCUUGAAUUCGAUACUCUAAAUAGUAGAAUUUAGACCAGAUAUUGACCUUUUAUCUGAUAUACUUAUAAGUAAAUUUAUCAUUACUUCUCAACUCCAUACAUGGUUUUUUUUUAACAUCUGACAGACAAUCCAAAUUCCUUAAAUUUUGUGAUCUGACCCUCAAGUUGGAUAUCUGCAUACUUGAAAGAUUCUAGUAUAGUGGAUCAUUUGCAUGAAUGAAUCUAAUUCACUUUCUCAAAUUUAAAUGGGUGAUGGAGGAGGUUCUCUAUUAUAUUUCAGAAGUAUGUAGACAAGCAUUUGAAUCAUCAAGACGUGAAGACUGCGGACCAAGUGCUAGUAAAUGAGAUUAAUGUAGUUGGGUACUUUAUGAAUAGUGUGGACGUGGUGGGCAAAAGGCUAUGAAUGGCAGUUUUAUACUGUGAGUUUAGAAAGCCCAAGACCACCUUCAUGGGCUCAAAUGUAAAAUACAGUUUGUAAGACAGAUGUGGAAACUAAAACUUAUGCCACAUUCUUAAUAGUACUGUCUAAUUCAGAUAAGGUAUUUUGUGAAAGGGCCCUUAAUGUUAAGUGGUUAUAUAACCAAGGAAUCAUGAGUUUUAAAUUGCUUCAAGUUUUGAGUAAGGUUGUGCUUGGUAUUCUGCAUAUUUCUAAUUUGUCUGAUUUAAUUAUCCUUGAUCCAUCCUACCCAGAGAUCAAAUACGUUUUGAUCUUCCCCAGGCUGAAUAAAAUCCAAUUUCUGCCGAUACAAUAGGGUGGAGAAUUGACAGAUGAAGGGAAAGAUUUUAGUUUGAGAUGCCAUAUAUAUAAAAAAAACCUGUGGAUUUGCUGAUGUUUAUUUUCAGAGCAGACCUAUUACAAAAUUAUUCUAAGUCUUGAAGUUCUACUACAUAUGAAGAACUUAAAAGUGCACUAUCAUCUGCAAAGUCUAAUUACAUUCAUUUGAUACAUUCAACUUUAGAAUAUAAGUCUUUGUCCUUGUUAUCCGGAGUACAUAACACUACUAAAAAUCAUUGAUAAAGGAUCACCCUUUUACAUGCCUAUUUUAAGAGAUUGAUCAAGUAAACUCUCCAGAGUUGUCAAUCCUUAUGUAAGAAUUUAGGUAAAUAUUGCCAAAAAGAUUAAUGAAAUUCUUAUAAAUUCCAUGUUGGCAUAGCAAUCUUCUACUGCACAGAGCUUUGCCAGCUGCUGAAGUUUUAAUGAUUUUAAAUCUUUAAGAACCUUUACUGAUCUAUCUUGUGUAUUAAGAUUUAAACUAAUAAAAAUUUUAAGUUUUGAAUAUAAUCCACUGAAAAAGCCAGCACAUUUCAAUAAUUGAAAAUAUUAAAGCAAUUUGCCUUAUUUCUGGAACUCCACAUCUUUAUUCGUACGAAAAGACUGAUGAUCCCAUGCCAAGUCUGAGCUUGUGCAAGUACUGGGAAAUCUUGUCAAGCUCUUGCUCUGCUGUUUGAUUUGAAACACUGUCCACUGAUAGAACAUACUCAGGGAAUAGACAGUGGAAUCUGUCCAGUAACUCAAACUUCUGUAUGUGCAUGAGAGCCCUGAAAUACACCAGGAUUUAUGCUGAAGAGUGCGUCAACAUAUAGUAAAUAAAA